ACCUGCAGCUUCUAAUUUCCGUUGCUUCUAAUAACCGGUCAUAAACUGAGUCACCAUAUCACAUUUAGGUUACAACAUGAGUGACUCAGUGUAAUGUCACCACCUGCCGCACCCAACAGGCCUCACAUGCGAAACUCCAGCAGACCUGAACACCUGCAGCCUCUAAGCCACGCCCACAUACCUGCGAGAACCAGGAAACCACACAGACAGGACCUGAGGAGGAAUUAAAACACUCGUCUGAACGCUGUCCCGUGGUAACCCUCAUCGUCCUCUUAUCUUUUUUUAAAUCUUCUUCUACUUUUUGGACUUACCUGAGACCUCUUACACCCGGAGAGGAGCAGAGUUUCACUUGGGAACAGCCUGGCACUGACCAGACCAGCACUGAUCUGCUCAAGUCCGGCCGCAAGUUCUGCUGGUCCAGAGAAGCCCAGUACCUGUAUCUACGCCGCCUCUCUUCACGUAGCUACUCGGCUAUAAUGAUGAACCCGGUCAUGGAGGAGACCGUGUGGGAGCAGUACACCGUGACCCUGCAGAGGGAUCCAAAGAUGGGCUUUGGGAUCGCGGUGUCAGGAGGUCGGGACAAUCCCAACGAUGACAGCGGGGAGACGUCCAUCGUGGUGUCUGAUGUCCUGCAGGGAGGACCUGCUGAUGGCUUGUUGUUUGAGAAUGAUCGAGUGGUGCAGGUGAACGCCAUCACCAUGGAGGGAGCCAUGCACUCCUUCGCCGUGCAGACACUCAGGAAAUGUGGCAAAGUAGCAAAAAUUACGGUCAAGAGGCCGAGGAAAGUUCCCGUAAAUGUCUUGAACCGUCCUCCAUCCCCUGACGACAGAGUCUUCAACACUGAUUACAAUGAUGACUACAACUACGACCAGGACCGCCGCAGUGUGUACAGCGGGCGGAGCGGAGGGCGAGACCACAGCAUGGAGAGGGAGCGGGGCGGAGGAGGCUACAUGGAUUCUGGCUACCAAACACGAGAGCGAGAAUACGACAGGGACUAUGACCGGCGGGAACGUGGCAGGAGCACAGAGAGAGACCUGAGCCCAGACCGGCAGUACAGAAGAGACGGCAGCAGAGGGCGCGUACUAGACAAAGAACGCAGCCCGGAACGGCGCUACAAGAGUGAGCACAUGCUGGACCGUGAGCACAGCCCGGACAGGAGGUACAACAGAGACCACAGUCCUGAUCGGCGCUACCGCAGCGAGCGCGCUCUGGACCGGGAGUACAGCCCGGACAGACGCUACCGCAGCGAGCGGACGUUAGACCGCACUGAUAGUCCAGAUCUGCGCAACAGACGGGGCAGCCACAGCCCAGCAAGGGGCCAUGGACGAGAACGCAGCUUUGAGAGAGGACGGGAACGCGCCCCCUCUGACCCAAGAAAGUACGACGAGCCAGUGAAGCGGGCUGGGAGUAGAGACCGCCUGGAUCGCACGCCGUCACCUGCUGCGAUGCCAAUCCCUCUUCCCCGCCCAGUCCGGGAGCCACUGGAGCCACUGGAGAAACCUCUGAAUGUGCUGCUGCUGAAGAACCGGCCCAAUGAAGAGUAUGGUCUUCGUCUGGGCAGCCAGCUCUUCAUCAAAGAGAUGACCAGCACAGGACUGGCCAGCAGAGACGGGAACCUGCAAGAGGGAGACAUUAUAUUGAAGAUUAACGGCACAGUGACAGAAAACCUUUCCCUUUCUGACGCUGGAAAGCUGAUUGAGAAGUCUCGGGGGAAGCUGCAGCUGGUGGUACAGAGAGACAGACGGCAGGUGUUGAUCCGAGUCCCUCCGAUGGUUGACAGCGACUCUGAGCUCGAUGAUAUCUCCGAAAUAGAGUCGUACCGCUCCUACUCUCCGCAGGAUGACAGACGAGGGCAUCACUCCGACCUCUCUUCCCACUCGUCCAAUGAGAGGCUCAGAGACAAGCCCAGGGAAGAACCACCCAACAGGCUGGCAAAGAUGGGAGCCAUGCCAACACCAUUCAGACCUCCCGACAGAGCAGCUGAAGACACGCUUCCUGUGCAGGCAGAGAGGCAGGAGCCACGAUCAGAAACACCACCAGCGGUCCCAGUGCACGCUGUAGCCCCAAAGCUUCACGCUCCCCCGAAGGUGCCACAAAAACCAAGCAUAGAGGACCAGGAAAUAUACGGGCCAAACACGGUGAUGGUUAGAUUCCAGAAAGGAGACAGUGUUGGAUUGAGGCUGGCCGGGGGAAACGAUGUUGGUAUCUUCAUCGCAGGAGUUCAGGAGGAUAGUGCAGCUGAGCAGGAGGGACUCCUCACAGGAGAUCAGAUUAUGAAGGUAAACAACAUGGAUUUCAGAGGCAUGGUGCGGGAGGAUGCUGUCCUCUACCUGCUGGAGGUCCCCAAAGGAGAGGAUGUCACCAUUCUAGCUCAGAGCAAACCUGAAGUGUACAAGGACAUUUUAGCAUCCGGCAGAGGGGACUCCUUUUUCAUCAGGACCCACUUUGAGUACGAGAAAGAGGUUCCUCAGAGCCUUCCCUUCGGCAGAGGAGAAAUCUUCAAAGUGACCGACACGCUGUACGAUGGGAAACUGGGAAACUGGUUGGCCAUCCGCUCAGACAAAGACAACCAGCUGCUGGAGAAAGGAAUCAUCCCCAACAAGAGCAGAGCAGAACAAAUGGCAAACGUGCAGAACGCAGCCCGGGCAGCAUCAGGCAACGACAGAGGAGACUUCUGGAGGCUGAGAGGUCAAAGGGCGGCAAAGAAGAAAGACUUACGCAAGAGCCGGGAGGAUCUGAGUGCAGCUCCAGUCACCACACGGUUCCCUGCCUAUGAGAGAGUCGUGCUGCGUGAAGCUGGAUUCAGAAGACCUGUGGUUAUAUUUGGACCCAUUUCUGAUGCUGUGAAUGAUAAACUGGCCAAUGACAUGCCCAACGAGUAUGUCGUCGCCAAAACGGAGCCCAAAGAUGCAGGAAGUGAGAAAUCCUCUGGAGUCGUGAGACUGAACACCAUCAGACAAAUCAUCGAACAGGACCGUCACGCUCUCUUGGAUGUGACUCCUAAAGCCGUGGACACUCUGAACUACACUCAGUGGUAUCCCAUCGUCGUCUUCCUGAACCCCGACAGCAAACAGGGCGUCAAGACCAUGAGGAAUCGCCUCCUGCCUGGAUCCAGCCGCAGCGCACGCAAACUGUACGAGCAGGCCGUGAAGUUGAGGAAGACCUGCUCACACCUCUUUACUGCCACUGUUGACCUGAACUCCUCCAAUGACGCGUGGUAUGGUAGUGUGAAAGACACCAUUCAGGAGCAGCAGGACAGAGCUGUGUGGGUGUGUGAGGGCAAGCUGGAAGGCUCAGAGGAGGACCUGGACCUCCAUGAUGACCGCAUGUCCUACCUGUCAGCAAUGAGUGCAGACUACCUGAGCAUGGACAGCCGCCUGACCAGCGACUAUGAAGACACAGCGGACGAGGGCGGGGCUUAUACUGACAACGAGCUGGAUGAGACAUUGGAUGAGCCUCAGCCUGUGUCGGCCAUCAGUCGAUCAUCGGAGCCUGUGAUGCCAGACGAGAAGCCUCACCCUGAACCUCGGGCUCGUUUGAGGUCAGGCAGCAGAGACCUAAUGCACAGAGAGCCCAGCCCUCCCCCCUCUUUUGUUCCUGAGCCCCCCAAGGUGCGGGCUCAAACUCGGACCGACUCGUCGCGGAGCUACGACUCUCACUCCAGCAGCACCAUCAGCAGCGACGCAGCGGGCGGGAACAAGCCAGCUCCGCCUCCUGUGGCUCUGAAGCCCAGCCUCACUCGAGUCAACCAGACGUCAGAGGAGCGGAGCCCGGAGCUGGAGGACCCUGCCAACAAAUCCUUCCUGGGAAAGAUCAAAGCUUUUGAGAAGAUGGAUCACCUGGCCCGAGCUCAGAGGAUGUUGGAGCUGCAGGAAGCAGAAAACGCUCGACUGGAAAUCGCCCAGAAGCAUCCGGACAUCUACGCCGUCCCAAUCAAACCGCCAAAGCCCAACCUCAACCGUCCUCAGCCUAUAGGUUCCAGCUCCAACCCCGAGCAGCAGACUCCUUUCAGGCCACAUUACUCAGAGAGCAGAGGACACGAGGACGAGGAGGCCGAGUACCGCCGACAGCUGGCCGAGCAGACCAAGAGAGGAUACUACAACCCUCAGAAAUACAAAGACACAGAGCUGUAGGCCGGGGAACCAGGAAGUGACAUCAGGAUUCCUCACUUAUAAUCACUACAAGCAGAGUUUGAUGUAAGGACUUAUUUUUGUAGUAAGCACCCGGAUGAGACGGGAACUUCACCUCACAGCUUUAUGUUAGAUUUCACACACAGUUUACACACACGCACACACACACGCACACACACGCACACACACACACACACACACACACACACACACACACACACACACACACACACACACACACAUCUUAAACAGAAACAGUUCUGACUGGACUUUUCACAAACCGGAUAUUUCAGUGUAUAUAUUCUUUUAUUGUCUGCAGAGGUUUUUGUUACAUGUAUGGUUUUACUUUCCCCGAUCCACAAACCCUAGCAACAGUUUUUGUCUCUCAUCAUCACCAUCACUCGUGUCUCACAGCUCAGCACACUUUCUCUAGAAGAUAAACACCUUAUUCUAAAAAGCAAGAGGCUUUACUUUACUACUGCUACUACUACUUUUUUGAAGGUUUGUCAGAAAUGUAGAAAACUGUAGAGGUAAAAAUACGUUUUCAUUUGAUCAAUAUUUAUGAUUUGUAGCAGAUUAUUCCUCUCCAGAUCACAAGAGAUAGAAUAUUCUGUUUAUUCAAAAGAAAAAAAACAUUAUGUAAAAAAUCUGACUACAAAAAAAGCUGAAACAUCGACUUGAAGAAAAGUUCUGGUACAAAUUUGCACAAAGAUUCUUCCUGAAAAAUUGAAAUCCAGUUAAAAUUGAAGUCUUUGUUCCACGCCUGCUUGCUUUGACUCUUCAAAGAUCGCCAGGUGAAUAUUUCUCAGACAGAAAGAUGCUUUGUACAGAAUGUCUGCUGUGAGGUUUGGUCCUCCCCUCCCUUGUUUCAAGAAGAGUUUCUCAUUCAUAAAUUCAGAGCAGCUUGUGCAGCUGCUCUGAUUUCACACACUUGUCGACAUCGUCUUCACACCAUCUUGCCAAGUUUUCUCUGAUUUAUUUUACACCUUUAUUUUCCUCAUUGGACAUUUAUUGUUUCAUCAAAUUGUGAAAUAUGUGUUCAUUUUGGGAAGCGGCAUAUUGAUAAGUGCCUUGUAUUUCCUUUGAUAGUUCUAAUUAAACCUAAACCGAGUCACAGACAAAAAUAAAAAGUCUGUUAAAGUGAAAAAGAAGUCUUUAUGAACAGGUUUAUUUGACUCUUUGCCCUCGUGUGAAUCUAAUGCACUUUCCUCCAUCAGUGAGGUUGUGCCGGUGCCUGUAAAGGAUUGCUGUUUUAGUCAUAACGGCACAGAUAAUGUCACAGAUUUACUGCUCACGUGAGGAGGUGAAGAAGCUGGAUUGAAGGCUUCAGCAGAGCGUCUCUCUGAUGAGUCCAGCAGUUUGUGUUCCCUUUGUUCUCGGCGUCCGACCGCAGACAAUCACAUCGUUAUUGUGUGUAUGUUUUUAUAAACUCUGUCAAGUCUUUGUACACUGGAGCAUCUGGAAUGUGGUGAAGACAAUCAUGUUGUUUGAUCUAUUUCUUUUUAAUGUUAGUCUGUGAUUAUGUUCUUUUUUUUUUUUUAGUUUGUGAUCUUAGUGUUACAGAAAAUAUUCAAAUAAAUAAAUCUCUUUUUUA